AAACCCGGAAAAAAAUCGAAGACGAAGAUCAGAGGUGUUGUUGAGGUAUCGUUACUGUUAGUAAACGAUUUGACUAAUCAUUUUAAUGUUUUUUAAAAACAGGUGCUAAAGGUAGAACGAGCAACUUUGAAGCUGUCGUACUUUUCUUAAAACAUCUUCCCCAUCGUAUCGGAAAUGUAUGCAUAGAGGGAAACGCACAUCAGCAUGUUGUCAGUUAAAACUGUUGCUCUCUAAUGUUAUUUUGUGCCAUCAUCAUCUAACACGUACAAGCUUGAAGCAUCAUUAUUUUACUCAUAUUGAGAGUCUAAAAGGUUUACAUUGAAGUGAUUCGACUGUAAGUGAAUAUGUUUCUUAUGCUUCAAAAAGUUUCUUUAAGGACGUGUGUGAAAAGCUAGGCUAUGUUGUUCCUUCUCCAUCUGUCAAGUCCCCAUGUACUACCUGACUUAGAUUGUCUGUCUUAUUGAAUCUUAAAGCCUGGCUUUAUCGUUGAUGCUGCUCCUUGAUGAAAGAUUGGAAAUAUUUUAAUGGCGAAUCAUGUAGUCAUCAGAACAACAACAAAAACAAGAACUCAAAACGUCUGAGAUAUAUCAGUGUUGUGAUUGUAAAUAAAUUUCAGUUUUUGAAUUGAAUCACACUGGGCUGCACCGUGGCACUGUUGCCAUGCAGCGAGAAAGUCCAGGGUUCAAAUCCCGGCCCGGGGUCUUUAUGUAUGAAAUUUCCCUGUUCUCUCUCUGUUCUUGCACGGCUUCUCUCCUGGUACUCUGGCUUCCUCCUACAGUCCAAACACAUGCCUGUUAAGUUGAUUGGUUGCCCUGCGAUUGAUGGACUGGCGACCUGUCUAGGGUCGCCAGUCAGGGUGCAACCCGCCUCUCGCCUAUUGAUGGGCUGGAGAUAGGCACCAGCAUUUGUUGUGACCUCACUAAGGAUAUUGGAGACAUACUACUUUACUGAGAUGCCCCUCUACGCUUUGUGCCUGAUGUUAUGGGCUUCUGUUUCCACAGUACACCAGAGACUUAACCCAGCAUGUCAUCCACACCAAAUCAAAGCCCAGCUUUCACUUGCUCUAACGAACCUGUAGGUCUGUCAGCUAAACGUAAAAGAAUGAAGCAUUUCUCCAAAAAGCAGUUGAACAGCUUACGGAGAGACUGUCGAAUAAACAUUGGUGAGGCUUUUCAAAGUUGGCGCGACCUCAAAGAUUCACGUGGAUUCAGGUCUCAUGCAGAGGUGGCCUUGCAUCUUCUUAAUGAAACAGAGACGUUUCCUCCCGUGUCUGGACCUGCUGAAGGCGGCGAUAUGAGGCUAAAGCUCUCCCAAUCAGAAGCGCAAGUUCUGAUUGAGCAGGAGGUCCAUAAAGCCGUGGCAAAUAAAGAAAGGCAGAUUGAGAGUAUCAUACAACACAUUCAAGACACAAACGAUGAAGCCAGCUUCGAAACGUCCAUUCAGAGACUAGAGAGUCGAAUCGAUGCCAUAGCGAGGAGAGCGGAGGUGGCUCUCUUCCACUUAGCAAGUAUUCAGAAACAGAGUUCUGCGUCCUCCACUGCUAACACUGACAUCCUCGGGAACGGCCCAGAGCCUGACCCUCUGGAAGCCUCGUCACAGAUAGACUCUAUCAGAGCAAACUGUGAAGCGAAAAGUGGGGAGCUUCUCAAAAUGAUGGACACAACAAGAAACGCUCUGAAGAAUAUUCGUGCUGACAAUGAGGUGUUGACCACUGCCUUGGCGGACUUAGAGGACCCUCCUCCUGUUCUGACGCCUCGGUGUUCUCCUGUUUCUAAGGAAAGAAAAAUGGGACAAAAAAAUCAGUGGUCAAGCAAUGAAGAUUUAUGUGAGAGGCCGCCGUGUCUUAGUCCCUGUGUCUCUUCAGAGCAUAAGACGAUUGCCAGUAUGAAAACAGAGGCAACAGGUUCCCGGAAAGAAGACCGCGAUAACGAGAAUCAAGACUAUUUCGAUGAGCCCAUGGCUAAACGGUUAAAAAAGGAAGCUUCCUCUCCUCGCCACAGUAGGAGUCUCGCACCCAAUGAUUUGGAGGGCAUGGAGUCGAUGAACAAUGCGGAGGAUAUGCUCGUCUUUCCGCCAUUUCCCAACAUGCCCUUCCCAGCCGUCCUGAAGAAGGAAGCAGCUUUGUACAAGAUGCCUCCGAAAGUAGACGUGAAUCUGGCCUUCAUCAGGAACCCGACUCGAGUCUCCGUCCUCUGGAACGUGGAGGACAAAGACCCCAAUUUGCCACCGAUGGAAAGCUACACCAUCCUGCUGACGAUGGAGACCUCCAAAGGGAGCAACAUCUUCCUCAAGUGGGACACUUACGAUAAACUGCAGGCCAAGACUCUGCCCAUGUGCGCUCUGAUCAAUAAGUUCAAGCGUGGGCACAAGCUGUGUGCUGUUGUGGUGGGCAAAGACAUAUUUGGUCGCUACGGACCCUAUAGUAAAGUUGUUACGGCGAUCCUACCGGACUAAUUCAGAAGAGUACGCAGGCAGGAAACCUAAAAGCUUUCAUUUAUUCCUCUGAUUGUUCAGAAUGUGUCUUAUUGUUGUUCUUAUGCAGGCAGAACUAUUUGUGAGUAAAACGAUAUGCACUGAAAUGCCCAUAAAAUGAAUUAGCAAACAUUUUAGCUUUAGAAAGAUGUCUCUUAAAAGUUUUAGUCAGGUUCUAGUCUGUAAAAUAAUUGCAGGCAAUGAAGAUUUUAACAAAAUGUUAGCUUUUGUUUAUUUGCAAAUAAAGUUCAAUUUUACAUGUUACUUUUCAUCAGCGGUUACAUUUUUUCCAUUGUGAAGUCAAAGCAAUUUAACAUAUUUUAACAUAAAUUUUGUUGAAUAAAAUCCUUGUUACAUUUUA